AUGCAAUCGCUACGAUGCAGAGGUGCUCUAGCUCUGAACAAGAAAUGGACUAAGAUAUACAUCAUUGAUCCUGAUAGGGGAUAUCAGGAAGAUAAAAUAGACGAAGUCUCGGAGAAAGAUCUUAGACUGGAAGGGAUAUUAUUGAAGUUGCCUCACAGCAUCCAUAAUAUUUCGACUAAAUUGACGCAGUCCAACUCAUUUAUAAUCAGCAACAACAACACUUUUGCUGUAGCUGGAGUCAGUCUGGCAAAAGACAAACAGCUUGCAGUGACAGUGACCCGCAGUUGUUGGGGCCUUUGGGACACCAGUACAGGAAGACUCUUGGCACAGCUGGCUGACGCUCCACUGGGAGCGAUUGUCACCCACGCUGUGAUCACACCCGCUGGCGAUAGUGUGAUAACUGCUGAGUCGGGUAAUGUUGUGAUUUGGGAUAUCGCAGAGAAACAGAUUGUGUUCAAAGAGGAACAGAAAGGUGUAAAGCAAGUGCUCCUUCUAGAAGAUGGAACCAAAUUCAUCACGAUCUCAAUGCAAGUGCCGAUAGACAACAACGAUAACUUGGCUGUGGCCAUUAUUGUUGCCAGGACGAUUCCCGACGGUGAAAAGAUCUACACUGCGGAUUACGAGCUAAGAGGAACAGGUUACAGAGCUGCGGUAGUGUCAGCGGAUGAACACCACGUGGAAGCCCCUGGUGUUGAUAAAUCUUCUAGAGAUUGUCUCCACGUAUUUCACGCUAGAACUGGUGCUAGACUCCAUAGAAUUCCAGUAAAGAACAGCGGGAUCAAAGACAUGCAGUCGAUUGUAGCUCUGCCACACAAACCACACUGGGUAGCCGUAGUUGGUAAUGACAAAGCUGGCAUUCUAGAUAUUAAAACUAAGCGACAUGUCAGGUUUGUAAAUUCCUUAUUUAUAUCAAUACCACCAAAACGAGAUAAAGAAUGUAAACCAACUAUUAAAAUAGAAAUAACAGAAUAUUUUUAUAUAAUGUAG